GGUAAUCCAAGUCUCCGACAAGGUAGCGGCUGCUAGCUGCGUCAAGUCUCAGAUUGCAGCUACAGUCUUUGAUGCUUACAUAUAGUGUUGGGAUCAUGGAAUUUAGGCUCAACUAUCACCUUGGCACGGGAGGAAGGAGGGACGAAAUAAGAUACAGUGUCUGCCAAGUGCUUAUUGAACACCAAGUUCCCCACACUAUCUGGUUUGAAGACGCUCUUGUUCAUUACGGUGUUCCUACUGCUGUAUUUGAUCUGUAUAUCCUGGUUAAGGAUAUUGUUAUGGCUGCAAAUCUUCUGGUUAAGGCCGGGUGGCAUUCCGAUAUGCAAAUACCACAUCUCAUUGGGAACGCAAAGGUGGACUUGGUGGACUUCCCUCAACAGCGAUUAAUAUCUCCGAAGGGCCAAACGAGAACUGUCCUCCUUCCCGCGGCAGACUGGAGGUUUUCUCUAACACCCAACACUCGAUUGGAAUAUGUGCCUUUGGACAUCAUGCCGUCGCUCAAGGUGCCAUUUCCGCCACUGGCAGGUUUCCUGGAUGCACUGAUCGAGAGCUGGCUAGAUUGUCCUAGCAAUUAUGAGACGCUAUCACUUGUUUUGGCUUGCCAAAUAUCCUAUCUCUACGCGCAUGUCCCCGCUUUGAAACAGAAGUCAUUUGCCGAACAACUGAGAUAUGAACAUCGUCAGUUUCAUUUCGAUGUAUUGGCGGGAAUGGAAACCGGUACCAUUCCAUUUCGAAGGCAUCAGCUAGCUAUUCGUGAUGCGCUGUUACGGGGCCAGUAUGAGUUACGGGAUUGCUCCGCUUCUCGCGAUAAUAAAGAUCUGUUCAACCCCUUUGGGGGAAUCAGUUUUGAACCACUUCGGGAGGAGCAGCAUGAUGAGGGUUCCCAUGAAUACUACUUAGAAAAAGAUACGAGGGAGUCUCUUGCAAAGUGACAUGUACCAUGAGAAUCUCUGACAUUCUGAAUUAUUUCAAUAUCACCGGUUUCGCCGAGGUUCCUAGAAUGUUCAGCCCUGAUAUCUUGGGACAGUCUAUCAUGUAAAGCCAUUACACACUACUUGCCUCCAUAUGAAGGGAAAGUGCACAUAGUCAAAAUAAUGAGCAACCUUCAAGCUGGGAGCGAUGAUGCGACCGGCAUCACCUGCCUUGAUCGGGAGGCCGUCAUCAGUCAUGGUCAGUCCAACCCCAUCGGGCUGUGGG